CUCAUCUUUUAUUCGUACUAUCUUGAGAACCGGACGUAACUGGAUGUACUUCAAGUUACCUUCUAGCCUCGACCUUCGUGACCGGUCAUCUUUCUCUCCCGUUUCUCACCAUUGCCAGUACCGCACAUCCCAUAUAAACCCAAGUACAGCGUCCACACGAUGAUUUUGACUGGACCUGUUCCUCUUUUUUCUUCCUCCAAUGUCUUCACCGACCCCUGCCAUCCCACCUGUCGAUGAUACUCUAGGCGCUGCCUUGAUUGGUUUCGGCCUCUCCUGCAUUAUCCUAGGCUUUCUUUCAAAAGAAGUGUUCAUUUACUAUGGAAGGUACCCGAACGAUAAAAUGGUAUAUAAGGUUAUAGUCAGCGUCAUAGGGAUGCUGGAGCUAAUGGAGGAGGCGGCCAUUGGACACUAUCUCUACUAUUACGUGGUUUCAAAUUACACGAAUCCAGCUGCAUUCUUUGUCGAUAAUUUUGUUUGGUCGCUCAUGCUCCCGGUUGCCAUCGGAGCAACCGUAGGAACAAUCGUGAAAUUAUGUUUCGCGAUGCGUGUUUGGAGAUUCAGCAACAAUGUUUAUAUCACCGGUUUGAUUGCAAUCUUAACCCUCUCGCAACUGAGUCUCAGUAUCACUUAUACUGUCAAGAGCUUCAUGUUGCAGAAAUUAGUCCGUGCGGAAGAACUCAGGCUGAUCGCCUCCUUGUCCCUUGGCAGUGGGGCAUUGACGGACACUAUCACCGCUCUGACCCUGUGCUACUACUUACGAAAAUUCCGAACAGGGUUUGGGCAAUCCCAACAACUCGCUUACAAGCUUUCCCUCUAUGCUAUUAACACCGGGCUCCUAACUAGCGUCAUGAGUCUCGGGGCAUUAAUUUUUUACGACGCUCACCCCACAACAUUCCAGUUCACGCCGUUCUACUACAAUCUCAGUCGUUGUACGAUUUUACUCCUGCUAUGAAACUAUAAAGCUAAAAUCAAAAGCUCGGCGCAGUGUAUGCACUCUCCCUUUUGUGUACUCUGAACACGCGGAGAGUCGUACGGGGUCAGGGCACGGAUCGUGAAACCAGUUCAGCCUCCGUCGGCAGCCCGAGCUUACCGAGGUUCGUCGUGAACUACAACUCGCGGCACUCUCAGCAGUUGUCUCCGAUCUAUCAGCCAUCACCAAUCAAAAGUCCUUUGGAAGUCGGAGUACAGGUACAGCAUGAAAUCUCCGUUUUAUCAGAUGCGUACGAUUAUCCCUAUUUAGCCAACGGUCCAUCAUCUCCUGCCCAGGCAUAUCCGUGGCAUGCUUAUUAAGCUCAUAGCUGUUGGGUCUGCGUUCGCUCAUAUACCUAGUGCGAGCUACAAGAUUCAUUCGCAUCCAGUGUAUUUUAUAAACACUCUUUGUUCUAAUAAAUGUAAGCCCCUCUACUCCAAAGCCUAUCAGGGG